UUAGUUGCUUCCAUAAACCCCAACUUAAAACAAAAAACCUCUCUCUCUUCUCCGGAUAUGGCCUAUACUUACCGUUUAGCCGCUCUUCUUGUACUCAUAUCCGCCACCGUGGGUUUCUCCUCCGCCGUGUCGGUCGAGCAUCAACUGCUGAAGUUAAACGCUACUCUCUUCAAAGGAAACAUCAGUCUCAAUAUCAGCAAUUCAGUCCAAAAAAACAUCAAUCUCAAUAUCGUUUGGUACGGAAAAUUCACACCAAUCCAACGGACCGUCAUCGUCGACUUCAUCCGCUCCCUCAACUCCCCCGCCGCCGCCGCAAAAGAUCCCUCCGUGGCGUCGUGGUGGAAGACGACGGAGAAGUACAAAGGCGGCGCGUCAACGAUCGUCCUCGGUAAACAGCUCCUCCUCGAGGACUACCCUCUCGGAAAAUCCUUAAAAAGUCCUCACCUCCGACCUCUGUCAGGCAAACUUAAAGGAGGUGGUGUUGGGUCGAUAACAGCCGUUUUAACGGCGAAAGACGUGACCGUUGAGGGGUUUUGUAUGAACCGGUGCGGGACCCACGGGUCGAAGUCAAGCACCGUGGACGGUGGAGCUUACCUUUGGGUUGGAAACUCUGAAGAGCAGUGUCCUGGCUACUGCGCGUGGCCGUUUCACCAGCCGUUAUACGGACCUCAGACUCCGCCGUUGAUCGCGCCUAACGGUGACGUCGGAGUUGACGGAAUGAUUAUCAACCUGGCGACGCUACUGGUUAACACCGUGACGAAUCAAGAAGCCGUCUCGACAUGUACUGGGAUGUUCGGGUCCGGUGCUUACCCCGGUUACCCGGGUCGGGUUCUCGUGGACAAGACUACCGGAGCGAGUUACAAUGCUUUGGGUCUCGCCGGUAGGAAAUAUCUUUUACCAGCUAUGUGGGACCCUCAGACUUCGAAGUGUAAGACUUUGGUUUAAAAGACUCGUGGCAAUAAUGACUUGGGAGACAAAUAAAGUUGUAGAUAUAUACCCCGUCUGGUUCGGGGAUGUGCUGCUUUUCUUUUCUUUAUUUAUGUUUUUUCUUUAAGAAAAUGUUUCUAGUGUUGUUUUGUAUGUAUGAUAUGUGGAGAAUAAUAAAACCGAUUUUUAGUCUC